GGAAGCCAGCUGGUUCCUGAAGGGGAUCCGCCGCCAUCUCAGGUCUCUCAGCUUUACCAGGGCCCAUCAGAGAAAACUGACGCCCGGGUCCUACAACACUUAUGGGGGACCAACCUUGUGCCUCCGGGAGAUCCACACUCCCACCCGGGAACACGCGGGAAGUCAAGCCUCCCAAAAAGCGCUGCCUCCUCGCUCCGCGGUGGGAUUAUCCAGAAGGAACUCCCAACGGAGGUAGUACUGAUCUCCCCUCCGCUCCUCCUCCCGCAUCAGCCGGCCUGAAGUCGCACCCUCUUCCUCCGGAGAAGUAGUGAAAUAUACAUUUCCCACCCUAAAUCAGUCUUUGAAGGAUUGCAGUAUGACUUCAUUUCCUUGGUGCAUUCGUAAAAUAGUUCACCCAAUGAAGACAAUGAAGAUUAUUUACAGUGCUACCCUGCUUUUUCUGAUGUCCUACACCUGGCAGUUGUGAUUUUCAAGGCUCAUCUUGUAUUUUCUACUCCAUUGACCAUUUCUCUGUGGGACUCUGGUACUGGGAGAUGGUACUUAGAAACUGAGGCAUAGGUAUAUGGAUUUUUUAUCUUAACAUUUUGUUAUUGUUUCUCAUUUUAAUUUCACUGAGUACAAACAUUAUUUAUAUGAUACUAAUUACUUAGUAUUUGUUGAAAUGUUUGCCUUAUGUCCUUGAGAACAUGAUCAGUUGUUUCAUGUGUACCUGAAAAUAUUUUGUAUAUUCUAAUUGUUAUAUGUAGGGUUACAUAAAUAUUCAUUAAACUUGUUAAUUGUGUUGUUUAAAUCUUCUAUAUCUCUACUGAUUUUUUUAUUUCCUUAACCUAUCAAUUAUCAAGAGAGGUAGAUUUAAAAUCUCCCACUGUUAUUGUGAAUUUGUCAAAUUCUUGUAGUUCUGUCAAUUUUUGUUUUGUAGAAUUAAGGCUUUGUUGUUAUGUGGAUACAAGUCUAGAACAGAUAAAUCUCUUAUUAUUUUUAAGUGAUGCUUUUAUCUUCUUGCAUUUAAAAUUGAGUUUGUUUGCUAUUAAUAUACUUUCACCAGAUUUC